AUGUCGUCGAACUGCCGUCGACAAUGUUUCGUUGUCUUGCUCGCGUGCUUGACCUCGCAAGGAUGGGCCUUCAUGUGUGGAAUGCACGGCAGAGGUCACCUUGAGGUGCGGAGCAGCCUGACGGGAGGAGCGCUCAUCAUUCUGGGACAGCACGAAAGCCGGUCUGUCUCUCGAUCGGCGGGGGCAGUGCUCAAAGAAACAGUUGUGCGAUCGUGGGAAUGGAUGCGAACAGCAUCUCACUGGCGACACAGUUGUAGCAAGACUUCUUGUCCUCACCGUCUUGACCUUCUCGAUGUUGAGCCCGAAGGACAUGUCGUCUCCCGCCUUUCUCUUCUGGGUGAUGAGAGGCUUGAUGGUGAUUGGAGCAAGGGGCUGAAACAUGUGAAAGAAAUCGCAACCUGCGAAGCAGGAGCUGGUGGUGGAGGCGAAAGCUCCUCCUGGGUCAGCCCUGCCCACCUCUACAGGACCAAACUCCCCGCUGAUGUUGAUAGCAGCGGAAGCCUGUUGCUGGAAAACAUCGCCGUGCCUGAGAUCAAAUUAAGCAGGGAAAACCAGCUGGUUACCUUCUGGAAGCAGCAGUCCCUGCUGAAGAAAUCCCUUAUUUCCAUCUUCUCCUUCUUGCCCGUCCUGUCCCGCGUUGCCCGCAUGUUCUUCCUCAUCUCAAAAUCUCUGCAGAAGGCUCCGCUGUUUCAGCGAGAGAGCGUCCGUGUCAUGAUGGUGCAGGUUGUGUUGGUCGGGGAUGAGGCCGCUAGGGUGCAGAAGGCUCCACAGCGCUUCAAGGAGCUUUCCUUCCGCCGCGACGAGCUCGCCGAUCGUAUGCGAUGGGCUGUGCGCAAUGACGUGACGCUCAAAGAUGCCGAGAGAGCCGUGGAGGAGCACGAGGGUGACGGGAUGGGCGGGUGGGUUGCAGGGAAGGUGGAGGUGAACUCGUUCCGUCUGUCCGAGACUCUUGAUGCUCAGGAGGAGUUUUUUUCGCGCUGCUCCAAGGUGCGGGAUGAUCUUGGGGCCUUUGAAGGAACUCGAUACGGCAAGAGUCGACCGGAGGGCGUGGGAAGGGAGGACGCGGCUGUGAAGGAGUUGUGGAAGGAAAACAAUGCCUUGAGAGAAACGAUGCAGAAAGUGGAGAGUCAGCGAGCAAGCGGAGAGAAUGCGGUUGAGAGCUCCAGCGCUACAAAAGACGAUCAGGACAAGUAUCUCAUCGCCACCAUUGUGACUGCUUCACUGGGGAGGGCCGAGAAGGAUUUGUCAAUCGCCAGGAGGAUGGAAAUGAGCAACUUGAGGACGCCGGAAGCGCUAGGCGAGCUGGCAAGGACGACAGCAGAUAGCUUGUUGUCGCUGGAGCUUCUGUGGGCACCUGAGAACGGGGAAAGAUGGCUGACCAAGGGAUACGCGUCUAUUCAAAGUCUGGACUUGUACGGGAAAGUUUUAUGGUGA